AUGGCCUUCAACUCCAAAGAGCUUCACAAAACACCCCAUGAAACCCAUUGGGUUGUUCAUAUCACCCAACUUCUCCAACCAAAUACCCUCCAAACAGCCUUACAAACGCCCACUUCCAUCUUCAAGCUGCCUCAUUCCAUCACCAAUGGCAUGCCACAAGCUUACUUCCCUCGCCACAUUGCGCUUGGGCCUUACCACCACUUCACAAACAAGCUCUACCAAAUGGAAUUACACAAGCUCGAUAACGCAAUCAAUGCAAUAGAAUCAUUCAAACUCCCCCAACUCCAUCAAAUCGCUGCUGAUCUCGAGCAAUUCGAUAUCAAAAUCCGAUCUUGUUACGAAAAAUUUCUCGAUUUCGGGUCCGAGGCCUUGGCUUGGAUUAUGCUCAUAGAUGGGUUGUUUUUGGUUCAAAUUCUAGCCAUUUCCAAUGAUAAAAUAGAUGAGAUCAGAAGAUCAUAUCCUCAACUUUAUUACCCUUCUCCAUUUCCUUGGUUUGUUGAACAAAGGUUGUAUGGUUGUCUAAUUGAGGCAAAUUUGAUGACCCAAAAUGAGUUAGUGAAUGAUGUUCUUAAGCUCGAGAAUCAAAUUCCAAUUUUUGUUCUCAAAAAAAUUUUGCCACAAAAUUUUGGGAACAAUUUGCAUAUCUUGUUGUUCAGAUUUUGUGAGGUUGUUUCCCCCAAGAAGCUCCCUCCUCAUGAUCUUCGUGAAUUCAAGCGUUACAAUGGCUCUACUGAUGUAUACCAAAUUCUUGAACAAUCCCAUCAUUUGCUUCACUUUUUGUAUCUAUUGAUUAUGGAUACAAGUUCGAUUAUUGAUGAUCUUGUUGGAAUGGAAUGUUCUGGUAAUCAUUUCCUUUUGGAUCUUUUUAAUGUUUUGGGUUCUGUUCUUCAAAUUCCCUUCUUACAGCAGCUUUGUGAAGCCGUGGGUUUGAUCCAAGCCUUGUUUGGUUUACAUGGGAGAGUUGGGUCAUCGUCUUCUUCCACUGGCGAGGAUAUGAACGGCCUGCCGUUGAUCCCGUCAGCCGAGCAGCUUAGACGGGUCGGAGUCAAGUUAGAAGGCAACAACAAGGCCUUCCAUAAAAGCAUCAGGUUCGAGCAAGAAUCUAGAAAAUCUUGUUUAGAGUUGCCGACGAUCACCAUUAAUGCCUUCUCAGAAGUAGUAUUAAAAAAUCUAGUGGCGUUCGAAGUAGCGACUAAACUAAACCCGCCAUGCUUUAGCAAUUAUGUAGCAUUGAUGAGUGGGUUGAUAACAACAACUAAAGAUGUCAAGAUAUUGAAAGAAGCAAGCAUUAUUAAGAGGCACUCGGGAAGUGAAGAAAAAGUAGUGGAACUGUUUGAUGGGCUAAGAAAUGUGUUGGAGCUUCACCAACAUAGUGAUAACUCGUGUAGAAUCAAGAACAUGGCUGAGAUUCAAAUCGUUAAAGAUAUCAAUAGUUAUUAUGAAAGCUGCUGGACGAUGAAAGCGAAGAGAUUCAUUCAAAAAUAUAUCAAUCCAGUGAUGAAGGUGAUCGUUCUUGUUGUUGUGAUUUUGCUCACUGGUGUCGUUGUUUUACGCACGUUUUGUGGUUGGUUUGGUUGCUCUAGAAUUUUGAAUGUGGUUUCUCCUAUUAUUAUCGAUAACUUCAAAAUUUUCUUUAGUUGA